GAAACUUAUAACGGGUAGAACGUACUUAUUGUUGAGUUUGGUCAUUGGUAUACGUUUUUAUAGAAGAAAAUCAUCGUAAUCUGCAAUCUAAAAUAAUACAUAUCUUUAUGAAAAUGGCAUACCGUGACCGUGAACGUAGUGACAGAAGAGGAGGAGGAGCACGUGGAGGAGGUCGUUUUAAUAGCCGUGAUGGAAGUAGUAGUGGUGGAAGAUUUGGCAGUAAUUCUAAUAGAGAUAGUAAUUUUGGAAACAAUAAUUUUAAAAACCGACAGCCUGGGGAACGACUCAGGAAACCAAGAUGGGAUAUGAGCACAUUGCAGCCAUUUAGAAAAGAUUUCUAUCAGCCUCAUCCUAAUGUUACAACUCGAAAUUCACAUGUAGUUGAAGGUUAUCGCUCAGAUAAAGAAAUUACUGUGAAGGGAACAAAUGUGCCAGGACCAAAUAUAUAUUUUGAAGAAGGUGGAUUUCCAGAUUAUGUUUUAAAUGAAAUUCAUAGACAAGGUUUUGGAGAACCAACUGCAAUUCAAGCGCAAGGUUGGCCUAUUGCUUUAUCUGGCCGUGACAUGGUUGGAAUUGCACAGACUGGAUCUGGAAAAACAUUAGCAUAUAUUUUACCAGCAAUUGUACACAUAAAUCAUCAACCACGAUUAAACAGAAAUGAUGGACCUAUAGCUCUAAUUCUAGCACCAACAAGAGAACUUGCACAGCAAAUUCAACAAGUUGCAUCAGAUUUUGGUGUUUCAUCACAAGUAAGAAAUACAUGUAUUUUUGGUGGAGCUCCGAAAGGUCCUCAAGCUCGUGAUCUUGAACGGGGGGUUGAAAUUUGUAUAGCAACACCUGGACGUCUCAUUGACUUUUUAGAACGUGGUACAACAAAUUUGCGUAGAUGCACAUAUUUAGUACUUGAUGAGGCUGACAGAAUGCUUGACAUGGGCUUUGAGCCACAAAUUAGAAAAAUUGUAGAACAAAUUCGACCUGACCGACAGACUCUUAUGUGGUCAGCAACAUGGCCAAAGGAAGUUCGCAAUCUUGCAGAAGAAUUUUUAACUGACUACAUACAAAUUAACAUUGGUUCUUUACAAUUAGCUGCUAACCAUAAUAUCCUUCAAAUUGUCGAUGUAUGUGAAGAAUAUGAAAAAGAGGGUAAACUUAUGAAACUUUUAGAAGAAAUAUCAAAUGAACCAGAAAAUAAAACAAUCAUUUUUGUUGAAACUAAGAGGAAAGUAGAUGAUAUAACACGUGCAAUUAAUAGGUAUGGGUGGCAAGCAAUUGGCAUUCAUGGGGAUAAAAGUCAGCAAGAAAGAGAUUAUGUAUUAAAUCAGUUCCGGAAUAGCCGAUCUGCCAUUCUAGUAGCUACAGAUGUUGCAGCAAGAGGAUUAGAUGUGGAAGAUGUUAAGUUUGUGAUAAAUUUGGAUUACCCGUCCAAUUCAGAAGACUAUGUACACCGGAUCGGACGUACAGGACGUUCACAGCGUACAGGAACUGCGUACGCAUUUUUCACUCCUGGUAAUGCACACAAGGCUAGUGACUUAAUUCAAGUUUUAGAAGAAGCAAAGCAAGUUGUAAAUCCCAAAUUAUAUGAAUUGUCGAGGAAUCCAGGCAUUUAUAAAAGAGGUCGUUAUGGGGGUCGUAGCGGAGGAGGUAAUGGGCGUGGUUCUGGAGGUCGUGGUGGUGGUUCUCGAGGUUCACGAGGCGGCCGUGAUGGAGAUAGAGGUGGCAGAUUUGAUCGUUCUAAUGGCGGUGGAGACCGGGGAAAUAAAUGGAAUGGCAAUAAUAGCAGUAUGACUUCAAACAAAAGUUGUGGUAUGGGAGGAGGUAGUUACAAUAGUAAAGCAUUUUCUCAAAACAAUUAUGGCGGAGGCUCUGGUGGUGGCUCCAGCGGCUAUAGUCAAAAUGGUGGAUAUGGAGGAAGUGGGGGAGAUGGUGGUAGUGGUAGUAAUUAUAGACAACAAAAUGGUUAUUAAUUUCAAAAUGAAUAAUUCUAAGCAAAAGUUUUAUGUAAUAUAGUUAAAAAAAAAAAAAAAAAAAAAGAAA